GUUAUAUAAAUAGUGAACUUUUUUAUUCUAGUCGUUUAAUUUCGCGUCCCUCGCGUUUGCUUUUAUUAUAAUUUUAAUCAACUAUCUCUACACGCAUAAAUUACUUUAGAAAGACCAUUUUAAUAUUCAUUGCGCUGCGACGUUAGAAAAGUAAACAAAGAUUACUUGCGAUGAAAAGAUGCUCACUAAGUGGUCAGCGUUGAUGAUUCUAUCGUCGUAUUAAGUAUUAUCGCUGAUAAUCCACAAAACAUUUGAGCUGCCGAACCUGAUGUCAGAUGGAGAAUCACAAAUAUGCUGAAAACGCUUCGACUUCGUUUUACUUGACAGAUCAAAUGUGUAAAGCUUCAGAUAAGGUAUGCGAUAUCAUAUAAAAUCUAUACUUAUUAUUUAUAGUCUGUUGUUUUGAAUGCGAUUUAUAGAGCUUUUAGGUCUCAUAGUUUUAUCUGAUAGAACAUUAGAAUCGACCUAAAGUUUAACUAAACUAUAAACUGCUAAGGACUAGAAAGAUUUAUACUAUGCCAUUGGCAUUGCUAGCCAUUCAGCACCUCGUUCAUCAAGUCUGCAAUGACUAAUGACAGUCUGUGUUCAAUGCAACUGUAUAGUUUGUAUAUGUUUGUGACAUGUUUUCAAACAAUUACCCCAGCUGACUAAUAUUUGUAAUAAUUGAAAAAUUAGGAAAGAUGUAUGAUUUUGACCUUAUUCAUGGCGGAGUUUAUAGGUUUUUAAUGCUUUCUCCACCUCAACUCUUCAAACGCCAAUUAAUUCAUAAACCGCGGCGUGUAUGCGGGGGACAGUGCAACCUAAACAAAAUGUUUUGAAAAGCAUAACUAGCGGCUUUCCUUUGUCUUGUGGAUGAUUCGUAAUAAAUCAGAACAAAAUUCGGGAACUCAAUAUUCUGACAUUCUGUCUAGAAAAACAAUUCAGCGCGGGUCUAUGACCAUUACAAUUUGUAGUUUUUCCCUGGCAUAAGGAAACGUUGUAUUUGUCUAACUGUAAUUUGGACCGCUAUAUUUUCAAUUAUUUCCUAGUUCUCAUUCAGCAUUUCAGGCUAUCUAUCAAUCGGGAUUAGUAGUUAGAACUGAGAAAAUCCUAUUGUCUUUCCGCCAAUAAUAUUAGACUGGUCAAGUGAAAAUUUACAGGAUCUAUAUUAUCUGCAAGAAAAAUUUGCAUAGACCAAUUUAGCGGAAUCAUAUUCAUUUUAACCUUUCAAGCACUUUGUUGAAUCUUUUACCUUAAUUGAGACAUUUCCACGUAGAUAUGAUAUAUUAAAAAAUACCGAGAAUUUGCUUUGUAUUUGUAGAAAACGUACGUUAAAUUAGCAAGCAAAAUGAAAGAAUAUUGAAUACUAUAAAUAUAUAUUGCGGGGCUGUCGCUUUCUCUUAUCGCCGAUUAAGAGAAACACAUAUUAUUAUUGCAUGCAGGUGGCAUCGAUAUUGUUUGUGACGCGAGAUUAUUAAGUUAUAAUAUCAGAUUAAAACUAUACGCUGCGUGCAUGCAUGGAAAGUGCGACGAAACAUGAGUGUGAAUGUGAAUAACAACCAUAGCAACGUGACACAUUUUUAGCACAGGCAUAUAUAGCUCCUUUGAAGUUUGAACGUGAUUGGUUCUAUACAGUUGUACACAAAGAUGAUAAAUAGUACUAAAUUUAACAUCGAACGGCAAUUAAGGACAAGUUACAAACUAUACAGAAUAAAACCUUUAAAAAUAUGUUGCAAUGCGCUGAGAAGAAAGACUUUCCCACUCCUCCCUCAUUGCGAUCAACUAUCUCGACUAUCAUCCAAAAACACCUGCUUGAUCAGACAAGAAAAGUCAUACAUGUAUGCAUAUUUGUUUAUAUUGAAGAAAACAAAAUGCAGUGUAUUUGAAGAAAACAAAAUUCUGAAAGUCAUUCUUUGAAAAAGGCAUUUUGGACAGUUUUACACAAGUGUCCAAUUGGUCGAAUCAGCCAACAUGAUCCAGUUUCCUUAGAUUUAAUGUGGUCAUAAAUUAUGUAUGUGAGAUCAUUGAGUAGAUGCUAUUGGCCAGGCAUAAACCAAUUUCGUGCUUUCACUUGACGUAGUUGCAACCUUUUCCUUGCUUUCACUUGACGUAGUUGCAACCCAACCCAAUCAGAAAAGAUCAAUUAAUGCUAUUUAAUUUCGUCUGAUCAUUCAUGGCUUUGUUCCUACGGUACUGAAAUAUUUCCCAGUACUUCAGUUGUCAGACCUCAUGACUUCAACUUACGACUGAAUUCUGACAUGAAACUAAAUUUUCCUCUUCCUAAAACGGAAUAUUUAAAAAAGAGUAGAGGUUACAGAGGUGUCAAAUUAUGGAACAAUCAGGGCCCGGGGGGCAAUGGGGGGAUGUGCCCCUCACUUUUUUAAAAGUGAAAAAAGUGCCCUUUUUCUGGGCAAAGUGCCCCAUUUAAAGAACGAUAAAAAUAGUUCUUGAAUGAACACCUUCUUUUGCUGGAAAGAAGUGCCCUUUUGCGGUAAUAAAGACUUUGUAAAGGCCAUUUCCGACGUAUAGAGACUCCAUAUUUUCAAAAAAUUUCGUUUAGCUCGUGAACGACAUAAAAUCGUUUGAUUUUGGAAAUGCUUCCGCGGCCUCUGGGAACAAUCAAUUUACUAGUUGAAAUUAGAAACGUUACAUGAGAGCUUAGCUAGUUUCAAUUCGCUUCUACGUGCAACGUACUAGCCUGAUACGAUUUCAUUUGUAAAAUAAAUAUAUUUUGUAAAGUAAAUUUUACACGCCUUCCUUGGAAAUCAAUUUACUUUGAAGGACUUAGCGUGUUUAAAUAAAGUUUACCUUAUUACCUAUUAUACUUUACGGCUUAUCUUACGACGUGUAUGCAUGUUUAAAGUGCUUACAUAUGAAACGAAAUUUUUGCCUCAUUUUUUAUUGUUUUAUUAAAAGGUACUGCUCAAAUGAUGAAGAAUGACGUUUACCGUUUAUUCUUAUCUCAUCUCAUUCCCAAGUUAUUGCACUUUGUAUAUUUUGAGUUGGGACGUCACAAGAAGGACUUGAGAUAAUGGCAAUAACAAGAAAGUCUGAUAUCUUGGUGAGUAUUUGAUAAAAUUCAAUGAAACUUGGCACACUUAGUGGGUGCACCCAUAUGAAUAUUUGUGGAUGGUCAUGUGGUUGCCAUGGCAACAGACUAGUCCCCAGUCUCUUCUCUUCCUUUUUACAAAUGUCCUCCUGUAGACCUCUGGCAGAGGAUGUUUGCAUAUUAUAACUGUUUAAACUGAUCACAAUACCUACACGUGUUAUACUAAUGAGCGAAAAUUGCAGGAAUUGCUAUUUAUUUCGUUGGAAAUGGAUCACAUAAAAAUUGGAAGAGAAGGGACUGGGGACGAGUGUGUUGCCAUGACAACCAUAUAAGCCAAAUUGUUGACUUUGUUACACCCACUAAGUGUGCCAAGUUUCAUUGAAUUUUAUUAAAUACUUACCAAGAUAUCAGACUUUCUUGUUAUUGCCAUUAUUUCAAGUCCUUCUUGUGACGUCACAACUCAAAAUAUACAAAGUGCGAUAACUUGGGAAUCAGAUGAGAUACGAAUAAACUGUAAACGUAAUGCUUCAUCAUUUGAGCAGUACCUUUUAAUAAAACAAUAAAAAAUUAAGCAAAAAUUUCGUUUCAUAAGCACUUUAAUUAAUUAAGAAAGCUAACAAAUCUAUAGAUUCAAAAAUGUAUUCAAUUUUUAAUGGAAUGAUGUGUAAAUCGUGUAUUCGAUUUUCUGUGGUAUUCAAAAAGUUGACGACAUCAACCUUGUACCCAGGGCUUUUGCGCUUGUGAUGAUCGAUAAUUUUAAACUUCGGAGACUCUUUCCUAGAAAAUGUGGUCCGGGACUGGGCUGGUUUUUCAGUCACUAAAAAUAUCCCUUGACCUUGCUUGCCUAAGAAGAUAAUCAUCUUACAAUCUUCGAAAUCUUCCCAUAGAAUAUAUUAUUUAUAAUUUUAUAUUUAACAAUUAUAACAUGAGCUUGAGUCGUGUAUAUGAACUGAUAGGACGAUAUCGCCUUAUAUAUGCCAUUGACCAAUCACGAAUCUUCAAUAGGGCGACGUGCAUGCUGUUGCAUAUCGUGGCUUUUUCCCCAUAUCUUUUCAGGUGUUUUAGUUUCAAACAAACACACAACAAACUAUAUGACAAAGUAAUGAAAGGGAUUUGGAACAUUAUAAAGACCGUUUUUUCUGCCAGUUUUAUUUAAAAUUAUAAAAGCGCGGGAAAACUUGUCAUCGCGAAAUUCAUUUGUUAUACAGUCGUGAGGUUAGUAAUAUUUCAUUUUCGUUCAUUAGGGCAAAUCACAAUUAAUGCACGGAAUUGAGUUUUUUUGUGCAAACUUGUCUUUGAAUGCUAAUUAAAGUUAUUUCUAUAUUAGAAAGCGGGAAACGAGUUCACAUGUUGUCGCUGUUUGUUCCCGCUGUAUUAUUAUCGCUUACAAAGACAAUUUUUUGUUAUAAAGUUCUUACGAUAUGAUAAAACACCUGUUGGAUUCGUCAUAUUAAGUCUCGACUUCAAUAUUGAGCUCGACCCUCGGUCUAGGGACACGCACAGUAUGCCGGAAUUUCUUUUAGAAUAUAGGGGAUUUUUUUGAAACCGGGAAUAAUAGGCAAAAGAGGGAAAAAAAGAGAAACGUGUCGGUAUGACGUCAUCGUGCCAACGUAAAUUCUGUAAUUAGCAUAUGUGCCAUCCGCCCAUUGACGCGGUGUGCACCGUCUUUGAAUGCGUCGUGUGCGUACAGCAUUUGGACCAAUAACGUUAUCCAUUAUUUGUUUCUUUAAUCCAUAAUGCAAAUUUCAAAUAAAAUUGAAAAUGUUGACGAAAUUUCCAGCUCCACAUCCAUUAUAUAAAUAAAGUUCUUAUUCUCUCCUGGGGCCGGUUGUAUAAAAACGUAGUUAGCGCUAACUGUAGUUAGCGUUAAUCACUGUAGUUAAAUCCUUAACUGUAAUUAGUUAACUACAUGACUUAACUGCGUUGCACAAAACGUAGUUAGUCGGAUAGUUAACUAAUCACGUAGUUAACUGUGCGUGGGGCUUGCGUGGGGCGUUUAAACACAAAAUUACAUAAAGUAAGCAGCGAGUAACGACCGCUGACACACAUUUUCAACAUGAUUGUGGACUCGUAUUUUGCAAAUAGGCGGUGUCACAGUGAUACGAGUAUCCCCGUGUUUUGUGUAUCCCCACACUAAUAUCCCUAGGGAUAAAAGUACCCCCGGUGGGGAUACCAACAACACUAGAAGCGAAAGGAUGCAAUAUUCAAAAUAUGAGCAGGAGGAAAGUCAUUUACGUUUUUACAGUUAUUAAAUGCUGCAGUAAAUGUGUAUAAUGUGAUUGUGCUUAUGUUGUAAGCAGGGCACUAUAUAAGCGCCCUGGUUGUAAGAUAGCAUAUUCGCGUCGCAUAAAUUGGUGUAGAACAUAGUGUAGAAUUACUCUUAACAUUAACUCAUAUGGCUCCGUAUUACUUGAUUUCCGACGUAUAUGACAGGAAGUUUAAAUACUAUCCGCGAGUAUUUGCAGUAGAAAUACGAAAGUACCACCAAAAAAAUCCGCUUGAAAAGUUCUAUGAAAUCGAACAAUAUAAAAUAGCCAUAAAUUAUAAACUAUGCAUACUUGAAGUCUUGAACAAUGUAAACUAACCAUACCAUACUAUAAUCUAUAUACAAUAAACUCGAAGAAUGUAAACAAUGCAUCACUAAGCCAUACCUUUCGCCGAAUAUAACUUCGACCCCUUUCAACAUAUCUUUUUGGUAUUAGUCUUGUUAGAAACACAAUCCAACACACUAUUUAGAGUGUUAUUUUCAAGCUUGUAUGUACAGUUCUGCAUGUUUUAUUUCCCGCGAAAUGUUAGGGAUACUUGUAUCCCUAGUGAUGUGGGAAUGUAGGGUGGUUCUUUAGGGAUACGCAGAACACGACCGCCAUAUUGCCGGGGAUACACAUAUCCCUAUAGUGAGGUGAGCAUGGGGAUACACAUAUCCCUAGUGAUAUUAGUAGGGGAUACACAAAACACGGGGAUACUCAUAUCACUGUGACAGCGGGAAUUUUAUUCAAAACACUAGAAAACAGUGAAAAAUAAACAAAAAACAAGGAUCCGACCGCCACAAAAAUCAUAAAAGAAUGCAGUUUUCCUUGAGAUGUCUACGUUAAACUAAAGUAUAGCUGUUUGGCAAUUAUAUAUCAGUGUUUCUUGGUGUAAUGGACCAUACUUCGUCUUCGAGAAAUCGUCCUGUGCAAAAAUAUGUUCUGUUUUCGUAAAAACACCAAAGCGAUAGCGUUUGAAGAGUUUAUAUUGUCAGGAAACAUUCACAGGGAAGAUAGCGAUUGAAAAUCUCAGGUAAACGUUGCUUUUCAUUAUUGUUUAACUGAAAAAUGUUAUUCACUCCUAUACAAACGCCAGUUUUAACUACAUUUUGGACAGUUAACUAUACCCUAAAGUAUAGUUAACUUUAACUACUUUUUAACUGCAGUUAAGGUGGCUCGCUACAGUUUAUAGAAAUGUUGAAAAUGCGUAAACUAGAUCACCUUUUUGAAGAGAUGAUGUUUUUUACAAAUCGAAAUUUGUAUAUUAUAUAUUUAUUUAUAAUAUAGCAUUUGUAAAUUCUGAACGCUGAUUGGCUAAGAGCCGUGUUGAUAUAACUCCAUGUCAACACGGGAAAUUUUCCGCCGCUUGUAACACGGAAAUUGUUCUUAUUCUUCGGGCUUUUGACAUUGCUAUAUUAUAAAACAAAUAUAAAACAUUUUUUUCCGUAUUGAUAUAUAGUUAUAUCAACACUCGUGGAAGUUGGGAAAACUCGAAAUUGUGUGAAAACACUCCGCCCUUCGGGCGUCGUGUUUCCACACAAUUUCUCGUUUUCCCAAUUUCCACUCGUGUUGAUAUAACUGUAUAUCAACACGGAAAAUGUUUUAUAUUUGUUAAAUAUACAGCGACAAUCAAUCAGUCGAAAAUUGGUCAGAAAAGUGACGUCACCACUGUUGCUAUGGCAACAAUAACGAUUCAAAAUGGCCGAUAUUUUGACUUUGAACGCAUUUUACUUUAAAAAAAGGUCGGUUACCCCCAUUUUUUAUUUCAGAAAACAUUUUCUUAUAGUACAAUACACUAUCUGACCAAUUUUAAAAAAAUUCUGUAAUGCCAAAUUUUGGAAAAAUUUAUAAACAUGGUUUUUCGAAAUAAUUUUUUUUUUGCAUUACAGAAUUUUUUUAAAAUUGGUCAGAUAGUGUAUUGUACUAUAAGGAAAUGUUUUCUGAAAUAAAAAAUGGGGGUAACCGACCUUUUUUUAAAGUAAAAUGCGUUCAAAGCCAAAAUAUCGGCCAUCUUGAAUCGUCAUUGUUGCCAUAGCAACAGUGGUGACGUCACUUUUCUGACCAAUUUUCGACUGUUUACGCAUUUUCAACAUUUCUAUAAACUGUAGCGAGCCACCUUAAGGCUAACUACACUUUUAUACAACCGGCUUAACCACGUGAUUAAAGUUAACUACUUUUUAACUACUUUUUAACUGCAGUUAGCGCUAACUACGUUUUUAUACAACCGCGGCCCCAGGUCUUGGUUGGACUUGAUUUAGAAUGGUUUGGGAAUAAUAAGGGAAAAUUCUAAGAAUAAUAGAAUAAAGCCAAGGGAAUUAAGGAAUAGAAUAAUGGGCAAAUUUUCGAGCAUAAUUCGCGUGUCCCUACCUUCGGGAAAACAAAACUAUUUCCCUCGGAAACAGCAUAUUAAGUGUGUAAUAUACGACGAGUAGCUCAACCAAUCAGAUUGCAGAAUAGCUCAUAUACGGUGAUCGAUUAUAUUAUAAUUAUUGAUAUAUUCCCAAUAAAAUUGUAGAACAUUCAGAAUUGAAAUUCAUGAUAGCAAUACCGUUAUAUAUGUUCAUAUACAUAUUACUGUAGCGAUUUUACAUGCAAUUAAGCUAUUGAUGUUCCACAAUGGUUAAUAAUAAAAAUAAAAAAUAAUAUAUCACAGUAGAUUUAUAUAUUAUUAAAAAACUCAUUAAUAAUUCACGAGGAAAAUACAAAAGAAAUGAAUGUUUAAUCCAGGGAUGCCGGAAGUUGCUGAGGGCAAGGGGUGCAAUGGUACCAAUGAAAAUGAAAGGGCGUCAUGAUCCUACAUUCGUGUCAACCUCCCUCCUCGUCAUCAAAUGUUUUCGGACCGAAUACAAUUAUUUAGGCACAAUUCCUCCGUAAUUUCUCGCCAAAAAUUCCAUAAGUAAUGCUUUCCGUUUCACCUUUCGCCAAAUGGAUAACAAUUUUGCCGAAUCCCUGACGACUGGGAGGUGGAACACCCCCACACACAUCCUCGAACGACGUUUAAUUCUGUCUGUUGUAAAAGUUUUGUGCACCCAUUACACCCUUAGUCUGCACCCGCACUGCACCCACAAAGUUGAAAAUGCAAAAGGCAAGGGGUGCACUUGCACCCGCUGCACCCGGGGUUCCGGCAUCCCUGGUUUAAUCAAUGUUUGUAAAUCGGAUAAAGAUUUGCUCUGAUUUACAUAAACUUUAACUUUGAUUUUCUCGGCUUAGACUAUGUUUAUUUUUAAAAUUACUUCGCCAAUGAACUCAUUAUUUUUAAGCUUUUCGGCUCGAGUUUGUAUAUCAGAUAAAGAUCGGCUGCUCAUGUUUUAUCUAGUACUUAUCAUGACAUUAUAAAUUAAUAACAUUCUUAUCAUGAUAUUGCGGAACAUUGCAUGCGUUUGCACAAUUAAUUUGCCUGCUUGGUUCGUCAUACGUUAAUGCGGCUUUCACGAGAGUAGCACUCAAAACAGAAAUAUUAAGCUUGACCAACAAGUUAAUUGAUCGUAGCGUCGCGAAAUUUGUCAGUGGAGAUCUUGCCGGUGGGGUUUUUAUCAUGUUCACAGGUUAUCAUAAUGAUAUGCCUUUUGGGCAUAUCAGUCUUGCAUGUUUGCGUGACAUUAGGUCACACUUCUUUAGUAUAUAUUGAAUUGACUGUGGUAAAGACUUAAUUGCGAACGCAACCUUUUCAAAUAUAGUGGAUUUCUACUUUAAUUACAUAUAUAUACAGCAUGCAGCGGAUUGCAGCCAGCUAUUGGAAUACCAGUGUAAGCCAAAGUACUGUACGUAAGUUUGACAUGCAGCAGUAUUGUCAGUAUUGAUUAUAUUAUAUUUGUUACUGUUUAGUUAGUUUUGUUAUUCGUUAGUUUCUAUUCAAGUAUAGUUCUAUUUCACUGUCGUGUUUCAGUUCGAAUCUACACUUCAUGGAACACCGCGGAAAAACGUCUGCGCAUGUGUGGGGCACAAAAAAGAUCGCGAGUAAUUUAAAUGCCAAAUUGUAAACAAAAACAUGGCUAUUUAAAUAUUUAAUGAUUCAAGGUAAUUGAAACAAACAAAAAAAUACACUAGACGGGUAGUUUAGACAUGAAUAAAAAGAUUUUAAUAUUUAAAAUCUAAAAAGAAACAGAAUUUAAAUUAAAAAUUACCGUUUUGCAAAAAAAGUUAUUGACAAAAAUGUGGAUCAUAUGAACCUACGAAAAAUAUCUUUGUUUGGUUCAGUUAAAGAACGUUUUAUACAAUAAAUUUAUCGACAGUCACCUUUGGUUUAUUUUCUUGCAUAAAUGCAUAAUACUACUUCUUACUGAUGUAGACUAUAAGGAGGAAGAAAAAGGAGGACUUUGCGCAUCUUUAUGAUGAUCUGUUUACAUAAUGAAGCGCAUUGCUAUUGCAUUAUUCAUUAAAACAAUAUCAUUUGUGACAUUUUCUUGCUCAUACUUGGUAAUGCUUUCUAUAUAAUUCAAGUACAAGCUUAAUUAUGUCUUCUGGCGUCAUACUGCGAUGAUCCAUUACGGUAAAAUUCAUUAAUAGUGUUUAUGGCGUACUAUCAUCUUUCAUGUAAUUAGUAACGAAGAACUAGGCAUACAUUUUACUUGUCCUAAUCCACCUGUCAGUGAAUAUAGAUCAUGGACGCGAUGUUUCAGGAGAUAGAAAACUCGAUGUAUCAUAAAAGUGGCAGUAGCUUCUUCAAGGUAAAUGCAAUAAACAAAAGCAAUCAGCGAACUUAAACUAUACAUUUCAGUCAUUUGUAUUCGCUUUUACGCUGUGCUGACGGAAUCUAAUUAGUAUCGAAUUGGUUUCGCAUUUACUAAAUGAAGUCGAAGAAGGUUUGUCGUUUGAAAGCAACAUAAUAGCUAUAGGGGAGUCGUCAAGAUAUAAAGUACUUUUUACAGAAUGUACCGAGUAAAUCUAGGGCCUAGGCGAAUCCAAAGUUAACUAAGUUACGAAUGACGGUACUGGGCCGUAGCGGUUUUUAAACCGCUUAAAAGCUCGGGUUUUAGCCCAUUUUCCAACAGGCGAAUUGUUCCCGGCGUACAGUACUGAAGUAUAGAACUAUAUAAUCGCGGCGAAUUGUUUCGCUGACCAAUCACAUUGCCAAAAUGUGUUUUUCACUUCGCGCGAACAAAUUCGCCCUAGUGGAAAAUGGGCUUUAGUUAGUUUCAUGUUCAUGCAAGUGAGCAGGUGCUUGCUCACUGAUUAGCAAGUGCCCCUUUCAUGUGGCACUUCUACUACUACUAUAUAUAUCUAAAGGUUUAUAGUCUUUAGAAGGCCAUUUUCUGCCUCUGUACUAAUAUAGUUGUACAUCAAAUUAAAAUGAAAUGCAUAGGAAAAACAAAAUAUGAGCCGGAGUGUGCUAAACACUCAGAGCAUAAUCAGCAUAAAAACAACUGCGCCCUUUGUUACCUGCAGUUCACUUGUCAGUGGCCAAUUAGAAUUAGUCAUUGUACUACGAACUAUGCGCGACAAAAAAUUGCCGUUAUAUUAUUAAUGUGCCACCUAAACUGCUCUAUGGCUUGGGAAAACUGAAAUGUGAAUGAAAAACUUCACAACAAGUAGCAUGCGGGUGUGUUCAAGCACUUACAUUUCGCGGUAUUAAUUACAAGAAGAUCGUACGUUUUUUACAACAAAAGGUAACAUAUCGUCAUGAGCUUAGGCUGCUGGCUGCUAAUCCGUAUACUGCAUGCACGUGUAUUAAUGUGUAUUAUCAAUGACUUGAUAGACUACAGAGUACAGACUAUAUAAAGUUUGAUAGACUAUAUUCAAUGCAUGAGUUCUGGAUUAAGGUAAAUUAAAACUUUGUUAUCGAGAAAGUGCGUAAUUAACUUGAAUUCUAGUUUAGGUUAUUAAUGAGAUCAAAUCGCUUCAACUGACUUAUCCCGUUUGGUCCUUGAACCUUGAUAUUAGAGCACAAUGCCAAUGGCUUACAGUGCGCCAUGUAAACAACGCUUUACUUUCCAAGUGGAAGCAACAUUGUAACAAUAAAUGAGAAUGAAAAUUUUUUUUAAUACUUCACAAUUAACAUAUGGAUCAUGUUACUACUUGUGUUCGGACGAUGCAUGGUUUUACUGAGUAAAUUAAUUUAGGCAUUUUAUAUUCAGCUUUUUAUUGCUCCAAAGAGUAAUUUCUCGUUUUUCAAAGAAAGCCGUUUACGGAAAACAGGCAAAGCUUUCCUGCUCUUGGUAAGAAUUUUAUAUAAAAUAACUUACUAUUUGACAAUUAGAUUACAAGCUCGAGAUUUCUAUGAGCCGGAUACGCACGGAUAUAGUGAUGAGGGCAAAGCCCGAAUCAACCAUCACCUCAUAGAAAUCGAGAGCGAAUAAUCUAAUUGUUUUAAUAGAAUCAGAGAUCAAACAUAAAAUAUUGUACAAAAUAAUUCAAUAAAAAUAAAAUGCGCCAGGAAAAUAUUUUUGCUAAGUCGCGCUAUCUAUUGAUUCGAGGAAUAGAUAUAAUGAGUAGAGUAGCCAAUCAAAUUACAGCAUUCGCAACAGUAUUUUCUACUGGUGUGAUUCUACUAAUCUACUUUAGUCCUUACCAUCCAACCAACAGAUUUUGUCAGUCCCCCUAAUUUUUUCAUCAGCUCUCCCGUACGCCUAUAUGUGACCUAUGUGAUUUGAAAUUUCCUUUAUGCCAUUCAUGCAUGCGCAGGGUGCGUCGCUCUUUGUUGCCUAUGUCGCUAUGACGUGAAAUUUCCUCAGGCUAUCACGUAAUGGUGAUGUAUUAAACCACACGGAAAGAACAUGCCGUAUAUAUGUUUAUGUUGAAUGAACAAUGACGCCCAUAGGGGCGCAAAACACUUUUCAGGGGCACAUCAAGUCACAGUCAUGUUACAAAUAAUAGAAAUGAGAGAUUUAAAGGACAAGCUGUGAAUUUUUUUUAUCUGAAACACCUCCCAGACUCAGAGACACUAAAACGUGGGUCGGGCAUCAAGGAAAUCUCCUAUUGCCCUUCAAUUCUUCAAUUCUGCAAUGAAGUUCAUAAUCACAUAACCAUAACCUAUAUUAGCAUUUAUCUUCGAAAACCACAAAUAUUUUAUAACCAUAUAAAAUUCUAAUGAAUUCUGUAUCCUAAUAAAUUGCUUCCAUGAAAACGGUCGUGGUCACUUAUUUCAAUAUCUGCAUUUGGAAUAUUAGGAGCUAGAUUUCAUUCGCAUCAAGUUCUUAACAUCAGUGAAACAUGAACAUACAGUUCUUACCAGCAGCCGCAAAAACUCUAAUAUCGAUCGAUAGGCUAUACAUACUUUGCUGUGAGGCAUUUAUGAGAUGGUUAAAAGCUAUGCUACGGAAAUAGAACGCAAUGGAAACUAGAUUAAUUAUAAACCAUCAAGAACAAAUGACACUAUUCAUGCAUGCAUGCAUGCAUGUAACGCCCUGGGGAAUGAACAUAACGACCAGACUCUUGUUCCUCGAACUACCCAAGAGUACGAGGGGUAGGAGUUCACUCCAGCGUGAGGGAUCAUUCAUGGCUUUCAGAGAUGUUUUCAGUUGGUGAUGAAAACAUUCUGCGAGCUAGACUAUUAACAAUGAGGUGGUAUGGGCGGUAGUUCAGAUACAGGUUGUAGCAAGAAAGUGGGUGAGGGAUGCAAAGAGGUUGCUUUCGAAUUGUUUGCCACAAUUAGUGUAAUCACGUGUGGAACACCAAAUCGAGAGAUCCAGUGGGUGAUAAAGACUUGAGCAACCGAUUCUAGUGCUGUGAUAGUUGUGAUAGGGAUUGCCUUAGGUCAUCGAGUGCAUCGAUCGAUCAGGUCAAGAUGUAAGACUAGCAGGAGUGACCAUUGGCCAGUGAGGUUGAUGUGAACAUGGGAAAAUCGAGCGGUGGGAAUCUCAGUUGGAAAAGGGUGCACAGAUGUGACGUUGUACUUUGCAGCGUUGACAUUGUGGACAUGUUUUGGUCCAUUGUCCGGCGUACAUGGAGAAAAUUUGACAACACAGAACAGUGCGCUUAUUAAUAUGGUCUUUAUACCGGACUGACAGAUCAUUAUACAGAAUAUGCUGUAAAUGAUAUAUUUAAUAAACAACAAAAUACCAGUUUUGGUAUAUUAAGAUACAUACAUAAAAAAAUCUACCACUACAUUAGCCUAGUUCCUCGGCCUUUUCGCUUGCGCCUGAUUAUUAAGGGUGAUUUUUUAAAGGCAUGCGGGUUGACCAGGAUUUUUUUGGAGACUGGGGAGUCAGUUCGGAUUUGUUCGGAAACGCGCAGCCUGCAAAUUCCGUGAAGCCUGUAACUCGCCAGCGGGUGGAAGGUCGAGGAAGUGGAGGAACUAGGCUACCACUACAUUACAUACAAAAAUAUAACAAUUUUACUAAUAGCCCAAUUUAAACUUUCAAAAACUGCUAAAAUGUCGUAACAGUAUUUGGCAACCAAGUUCAUAAUUGUCUUGUCUUGCCAAAUAUCUUGUUGAGUGAACAAACAGAAAGAACGAUUUAUGUUACACAAAUUAUUUAUAAAAAUAUUAGACUAAUACUAUUUAGAAUUUCUGCAUGACAUUAGGUGGUAUUCAUUUCCAAUCUCAUUUAUGUCACAAUGUUUACAUAGCCUAUCAUAUUGUAUGGAACAUUGUUAUAUCGACCAGUUUCAACAGGUAAUCUAUGUGCUGAGAUCCUUACUACUUAGUUUUGUAACAGUUUGACGAUAUUUGAAAUUCUGGACUAAGUAAAAGAUACCUUUCCGAACCGAAGUUUAUUUUCAAGUUUUUAUAAACUCUUAGUUUAUAUUACCAUUAUUUCCACCUUGUUGAAUCUGCUCUUUCCAGUAUUUAAUAAAAUAUUCAUGUAGUAAAUUUUUUAAAGAAUGGAAAAAAUUUUCUUGUUGGUCUGAUGGUAUUGUAAAGUCGUUAAAAUUAUCAACCUGAACAUAUUACAUAGCUGCAGUAAAUAUUUUGUGAAUAAAACUGAAUGGUUGUAAAUAGUUGGAUUGCAUGCAUACUCUUGCCGCAUCACUAGCAAGGUUAUUUGUAAGAGUUGGAGAUUUUAUGCGACACCAAAAUUUUGCUAUAAAUGUAGCUAUUUGGCCAAUCCGUCCGUCCUAUCUCACCAUAUACAGCUAGAUUUGUUGAUUUUGAAUGAACGCCUAGAAUUCUUUUACAGAAUUUCAAAUGGAGCUUUUCUAUCUGAUUAGUUAUUUUAAAAAUUUUGGUUUUAAAAGUUUCAGAAGAAGUUAUUCUGUCUAGCAAAAAUGGACCCCAAAUCUCACAGCCAUACAGCAAAACUGGAAUAACCACUGAAAAGAACAGUUUUACAAAUACUUUAAUUAGUACAUUUUCCACUUUCGAAAAUCUUUUAAACAAACAAUGGUAGACGUAGACACAUAAUGCUUUAUUAUAUAGGACUUCAAUUAUUUGGACCCAAAUAAUUGAAGUCAAUUGAAGUCAAUUUUCACUUCAAUGUUUUUCCAAGUUUUACUGGAUCACAAGAGCUAUUAAAUAAAUCUGGUUGAUUCAAUUGAUUCAAACGUGUAUUCAUAAUUAAAGUAAAGAAUUUUCCCAAACAGCUACCUACAGGUAUACUGUUAUUCCUCUGUAGUUACUGGGAUCUAUUGUACUUCCUGAUUUAUGUAUUGGAACAAUAAAACCGUUCGACCAUUGUGAUGGAAAAACACCGUUGGACAAAACAGUAUUAAACAAUUUUACGAAAUAAGAUGGCAGAACUUCAACCGCUACCUUAAUGAUCUCAUUGGACAGUGAAUCACCUGCACUCGCUUUUUUGUUUUCUAAUUUCUUUGAUAAUUUAUGUAAUUCCUCAGUUGUGAUUGGAUUAUCAAGGGUGUCGUCUUUGCAGGUUGCUCAAGUGUCGAAGUCCUUCACUAUCUGAGCUUCAGUGCUCAACUUUUCGGUAUUAAAAUUUAUUUUGUUCAAGUUUUUAAAAUAAUCAAACCAUUCUGAUGAUGAUAUUUCGUUUGACGUACAUGAUUUACGUGUUUUUAUAUCAUUAACUAAUUUCCAGAAUUCUUUGGGGUUGUUAUCAGAUAACAUUUCAAUUUUAUUCAAUAAGGAAUUAUAAAAUUGUCUUUUUUGUUUUAUUAAUUUAACCAAACGUUUAUAUUCCUUUCUUUUUGCAAAGAAUAAUGACGUAUAAAAAUAUUAUUAGGAUCUUUUGAGAGUAGUUUACCUAUAUUACUCAAAUUCCUUUUUAGAUUAUGGCAAUUUGCGUCAUAUCAUUUUUGCUUUACUUUUGUUUUGUUUUUAAUGUUUUUAUUGAUCGUGUUCUUUUGUUUCUUUAUAUUUAAUACGAUGUAGUGCGCAAUAUUUCUGAGAAAUUAUUUACCGCAGUGCAUCAACAUCAGCUGAUCUUUCACAUGUGGUAGUCUGAGAAAACAAAGAAUCUAAUCUAUUUUGAACAUCCUGCGAGUUUAUACACUCUCUUAAAUAAUUUUUCUGAUUCUCGUCCCACAAAAAAGACGUAGGAUGAGAUGUCAAUUUUAAAUCAUUUUGAGAUACGUUGGGAGUUUCAAUCCUUAUUACAAAAGAUAAAUAAGAAUGAUGGGAAAAUUCAGUAAUAUCCGCAACUGAAAAACUAACUAUUGAUGAAAGCAGGUCUUGCGAAACAAUGACAUAAUCAACAACACUUGCUCCAUUAUUCGUUUGGCAAGUGAACUGGCCAAUGAGAUCACCUUUAGUUCUACCGUUUAGUGUAACCAUAUACUAUUUCCAAUACAUAAAUCAAUUAAGGACCGCCCAUAUAUUCACAUGCAAGUCUCUAGAGGAUCGUUUAUCCGUUGUGAAUGAGGCAUAAAUUUCAUCCCUAAAAAAGGGAUCGUCAAUAAAAUCAUCUAGGACACCUGUUCGAGCGUUAAAGUCGCCAGAUAAAACUACCUUAUCUAAAUUGUGAAUUUAUAAAUGCUAUUUUGGAGACUUUCAAAAUGAUCAAUGUUAAUACGUGUUUCACGGGAGGAAUACUGAGGUGGUAUAUAAACAGUGCAAAUGAAAAUAUCAUGUGGAAGGUUAAAGAAUGUUUUAUCCAAUUUCCACCAUACAAACUCUUCAGUACUUUCCUUAUCUAGAAAUUUAACACCUUUUCUUAAAGAUGAUUUAACAAGAAUAGUUAUUCCGCCAGAACUUCUACGUAAGUUUUGGGAAAUGUCCUUUCUGUUUUUUGAAAAUGAAAAGAAACCGUCAAUAUUAAUAUUAUUUUCGCCAUAGGGUAGCCAUGUUUCCACUAAGGGGAUUAAAUCAAAAUUCUCUAAUUUAGAAAUGAAAUCUAUAUCGUUAAGUUUGCAAGACAGACCUUCAAUGUAAAUGUAAAAGUCCAAAAUGAAUCAGUAAAUGGUGCAUGGUCGAUUCUAUCAAACUACCAGAGGAAUAGCUGGGUUUUUCCAACCUAUCUUUUAUUUACAUUGUAUAUUCUUCUUCUAGCUGAUAUUAGCCUGCGUAGCAGGCGCUAUUUAGGGGGGAGGGCGAGGGUGGGAAAACCUAAAUAGCGCCUGCUACGCAGGCUAGCUGAUAUUAGAGAUAAUUCCGGUAAGGUAAAAUCAACAAUGCAUCCCCACGCCUCAGUCUCAUAUAUAGUAUUUCAGUUUCAAUAUUAUGUUAGUCUAAAACAUGCAUUUGCAUAAAUUACCACAAUGCUCACAGACGACAUGCAAGCUGAUGUUCUUUGCCUAUUUUUUAUGGUUUUUGGUUAAUACGAUAAAACGUGCGAGUAGAAAGAUAAUAGGCAGUUGCAUCUCGCUCAUAGCAACGUCCACCUGCUGACUGUCUUGUUCAAAUAGCCCACGCAAAUAGUUUAAUGAGCGGAUGCUAUAAAUUUGCAUUUUACUGACAACAAUAAUGUCAACAAUUUGACAAUAUAAUGCAUAUUUUUAAAUUCCUCCUUUUUUUUGUAGUAAAGCUAUAUCUAAACUAUAGAGCUGAUUGUGAGAUAGCAUGCAUUUGCACUAUAGACAUAUGUCUAUGAACAUCAAAGUUAGUAGUUUCGGACAGCAUAUAUUUGUGCCGAUUUGACCACGGCUGGCUACGGCUGCUUGGAAGCGCGUAUAUUCACUUCUUAGCUUGUGUUUGAGUAAGUAUAUUACAUUGCGGUAUUAAUAAAGUCCUUGCAUGGGCUUUGUAUAGAUGUGUCUAUCAACAAAGACGCUGAAAGACUGAUGGUAACAUUACCACAUAUCGAUUUUGGUGUCUUGGUUUUGCCACAGUUUUGCUCAAGACCAUAUAGUUGCCGUAUAUUUUGGAAAGUCUAAAGAUAACCUGGCAACCAAGCUUUGCUCCAUAGAAUACUUGAACCAAAUGAAUGAUGUUUGUCUUCGCAGUUAUACACGUUUUAGGUCAUAAAAUUUGAGUUAAUAUAUAAUUGCAAAAAUCAACAAAUUACGGGUUCAUAAACUAUUCAUUUCACGAGUGGAUAUCGUCAACGUGUGGUCUUAAUUGAGUUUUCAGUUGAGGAAGAUUGGUUAAAUUUCUAUCGUGUCAGUCAUGGUCCUAUCUCUAUUGCGUACGUUGUCACACGUAAUCUGACACGAUACACAGCUUGUUGAUAAGCAUGACCGGCAGUUAGCGUGACCGCGUCCCAGAGAUCAUCAUGGAAUGAAAUACACUGUAUAUUUGUUGAAAUUAUAUUUGUUAUUUAGAUCCCUAGAGGACUGAAAGCUUGGCGACAUAAACAGAAUCGACUUUGUGGUGAACAAUACGGCGCUGCAGGCUACAAGACGGAGAUGAAAGGGGUUAUAUUUCACUAUGGCCUGUUUAAGAUUAUAUGGGACUGGUUCGUUUUGUUACUUGUACUUUAUACAGCUAUCGAGGUGCCUUUUAUCGUCGCAUUUAUCCUUGAGGAUCAAAGUGCUGAGAAAUUAUCAAGUAAGUUUAAUAGCUAUAACAAGCUACAACUACUUUACUAG